CGGAUCUUAUUGUGGUGGAUCGUCUUGCUAAAGCUUAAACCGGACCUCGAAGGCGGUGCCUCAUAUGUUCUCCGGUCGCCGUUCUUUGUUUGUUCGUUCCUAGGGUUUUACACUCCGCACUGUCUGCUCGGAGUUCCCAUUUACUUCCACCGGAGAAUCUCGCCGUCAGCUUCGCGUUUUGCGCACAGGCUAUAGCCGUCGAAAAUGGUGUUCCUCAUGCAACCUUACGGCAUCCAGGGGCUCCUCAAAGAAGGGCACAAGCAUCUCUCCGGGCUCGACGAGGCCGUGCUCAAGAACAUUGAUGCCUGCAAGCAGCUAUCUUUGAUCACCCGCACUUCUCUUGGCCCCAACGGCAUGAACAAAAUGGUUAUCAAUCAUCUUGACAAGCUCUUUGUCACAAAUGAUGCUGCCACAAUUGUAAAUGAGCUUGAAGUACAACAUCCUGCGGCUAAGAUAUUGGUGCUAGCGGGCAAAGCUCAACAAGAGGAGAUUGGAGAUGGGGCUAAUCUCACAAUAUCCUUUGCUGGGGAAAUCCUGCAAAAUGCAGAGGAGCUCAUCAGGAUGGGACUGCAUCCUAGUGAAAUUAUUAGUGGAUAUACAAAAGCAAUCAAUAAGACCAUAGAGAUUCUAGAUGAAUUGGUGGAGAAAGGAUCAGAUACCAUGGACGUCAGGAAUAAGGAUGAAGUUGUUUCUAGGAUGAAAGCUGCGGUUGCCAGCAAACAGUUUGGGCUAGAGGAUAUAUUAUCCUCUCUAAUUGCUGAUGCCUGCAUUCAAGUUUGUCCAAAGAAUCCAGCAAACUUUAAUGUGGAUAGUGUGAGAGUUGCGAAACUAGUUGGUGGUGGCCUGCACAAUUGCUCGGUUGUACGUGGAAUGAUCCUGAAAAAUGACGCCACUGGGAGCAUAAAAAAAGUGGAAAAAGCGAAGAUUGCUGUAUUUGUGGGAGGUGUCGAUACAUCUGCAACCGAAACCAAGGGAACUGUUCUCAUUGAAAGUGCUGAGCAGCUAGAGAACUAUGCAAAAACUGAAGAAGCAAAAGUUGAGGAACUCAUUAAAGCAGUGGCGGAGUCAGGUGCCAAGGUGGUGGUUAGCGGGGCUGCUGUAGGAGAGAUGGCAUUGCAUUUCUGUGAACGUUACAAACUCAUGGUUCUAAAAAUCAGUUCAAAAUUUGAGUUGAGGCGGUUUUGUCGCACAACUGGUGCUGUAGCUCUUCUAAAACUUGGCCCUCCAAAUCCUGACGACCUGGGCUAUUCUGACUCUAUCUCAGUUGAAGAAAUUGGUGGUGUUCGGGUGACCAUUGUGAAAAAUGACGGAGGUGGAAACUCAGUUGCUACAGUUGUUUUACGUGGAAGUACAGAUAGUAUACUAGACGACCUUGAAAGGGCUGUUGAUGAUGGUGUCAAUACAUAUAAGGCUAUGUGUAGGGAUAGUCGUAUCCUCCCUGGGGCUGCAGCAACUGAAAUAGAAUUAGCAAGGAAGUUGAAGGAGUUCUCCUUUAAGGAAACUGGGUUGGAUCAAUAUGCCAUUGCCAAGUUUGCUGAAAGCUUUGAAAUGGUCCCUAGAAUCCUGGCUGAUAAUGCUGGGCUUAACGCAAUGGAGAUCAUUUCUUCGCUCUACGCUGAACAUGCUGCAGGCAACACUAAAGUGGGAAUUGACUUGGAGGAAGGUGUAUGUAAAGAUGUCUCUACUCUGAGAAUUUGGGAUCUCUAUGUCACAAAGUUUUUUGCUCUUAAAUAUGCGUCUGAUGCUGCUUGUACUGUUCUGCGAGUUGAUCAGAUUAUAAUGGCAAGGCAAGCUGGUGGACCAAAGAGAGAUCAACCUGCCGGCAUGGAUGAGGAUUAAGCUCUCUGUAUGACUCCAACUGUUCCUAUUGCCAAGAUGGUUUGUGUUUACUUGGUGAAUCCACUGCCAAAGAAAGUUUUGCUUACUUCAAAGAAAGGGAUUGCUAUGAAGAACUUAGAUGUUAAAUGACUUUUUUUUUAAAUGUUUUGUCUUAUUAUUUUCACCCUUUUUGUUUGAACCUGUAAAAUUAAGUUAUUAUAUUUGAUAUUUGUUUUGUUAAGCUCUAUUGAAGAUAGGAUAAACCAGCCUCUUAAUUUUUAUGUUUUGUUCUCUCAACAUAGCUUUAGUAAUGCA